ACAACCUCCAAAGUUUCUAUGCUCCGAUCUAUUUCCGAUCGAAGCUCAAAGACUUCCCUUUCUCCCAUUCGUCGGCUCUUCUAAGCCCCACUUUCCUGAUUUUCGCUCUUCACACUCAGAAGAUUGCUAGGGUAAUCUCUCAAAUUCAACAUCUAACAUUACAUCGACAGAACCAAAGCUCUCCUCAAAACAAAAAGUCAUGGCCGAUACCAAAGAGAAAAGUGAGAGCAACGAAAAACCGAAGCCCAGGAUAAGGCCAAUCGUUCGCCUCGGGAUCUUUCUUAUUGCUCACAGCUUUCUCGUCAGUGUCGUUUGCUGCACUGCUGGGGUUCUGGCUCUGUUUCUCUUACCUGUUCUUGCUAAAAACACUUACAUUUCCGAAAAUGCCCUCAUGCCAGGUUCUGCGAGUCCCAUGCUUGCUAAUCAGCAUGUUUUGGAAGGAAAUAGAUUGGUGAACGAUCUAACUAGUUCAAACUUGAAAUCUUCGGAAACAGGAAUAGAAAGCCAAAGAAUCAUAGCACGGUACAUGUUAGACUUGGGUGCUGAAGCUAGUAUUCACAAAUUCCACCGUCAAUUGAAUCACUUUCAUCCGCUGCACUUUUUCUCUAGUCCGGAUUCUGGCAUAAUAGAAGAGAACUACAGUUGUUCAUCAUAUGGUAUCAACACUGUUGGGAUCAUAAGAGCUCCUCGUGGUGAUGGGAAGGAGGCUAUCGUCUUGGUAACACCAUACAACGCCCUAAAGAGUGGUCUUGGUGAGGCUUUAUCUAUAGGCAUUGCAUACUCAGUAUUUUCCUUGCUCUCUCAAGUUACUUGGCUAGCCAAGGAUAUUAUAUGGCUUGUUGCCGAUUCACGGUAUGGAGAAUAUGCAGCAGUUUCUGCUUGGUUAAGAGAUUAUCAGACUCCUAAAUUUAGCAGCCUGAGUACUCUAGAUGCUGAGAUGUGUCCAGAUAUUGAUAAUCUUUAUGACUUGAAAGUUAACUCUAUUACUGGAAGUAAGUUCUCUAGUAGUUUUAAACGUGCUGGGACUAUGGCUGCUGCUCUGGUCCUGAAGGUCAGAAAUAAAAGUGACCAAUUUGAAGACACUAUUAGUAUUUAUGCUGAGGCAUCUAAUGGGCAGAUGCCAAACUUGGACCUCAUCAAUGUUGUAAAUUAUUUGGCAGUGCACAGGCAAGGCUUGCAUGUAAAGGUGGAGAAAUUGUGGUCCCUUCUUAACUCCAGUUGGCUCAAAAUUUUGGGUGAAAUCUUUGAAUCUCUAGGAAAAGUAGCUAAAAGCUUAAACCCUAAAUGGAAAUUUGGCAUCACUGCAACAGAGUACGUUGAAGGCACUGCUACACUUGCAAGUUCAUUGUAUUAUCAGGCUCUAGGUUUACCAACAGGCCCUCAUGGUGCGUUCCGUGACUACCAAAUUGAUGCAAUUACAUUGGAGAUUUUACCUAAAUUUUCAUCAGAUAAAGUCAGGCACAGUGACAUUCUUCUAAGAGGUGGCCGGUUGAUUGAAGGAGUUAUACGAUCAGUCAAUAACCUCCUUGAGAAGUUUCACCAAUCAUUUUUCUUAUACCUCUUAACAUCUCCUAGUAAGUUUGUGUCUGUAGGGGUUUACAUGAUUGCAUUUGCACUUCUCAUAGCACCACUUCCUAUAGUUGCGGCUUCUCUCUAUGUUGAUGCAAGUAGUUUGGGCAACUGUUCUAAAAGUGAUAAAUCUACUCCAUCUGCAAGCCUUGAUACUGAUGAGCACAGUAUCACUAUUGGAUCAUGGAUGUGGCUUAAUUCGGCAAAAUUAGUUUUUCUUGUUCACUUAUGGGGUGCUAUUGUUUCAUUAAUUCCAUAUGUCAUCUGCCAAAUACCUGAUUGCACCCCAACUACCAGCUUCAUGAUCUGGGUUUUGCUUUCAAUGCUCAGCUUUCUAACCUUGUACUCAGUUCUGGCUUCUCCUUUAUCUUGUGCUAAAGCAUCUCAAGAAAAAGAAUGGGCUCUUGUGAAGUCGGUGACUAUCUCAUCAGUGUUCAUUGGUUUGGGGCUCAUGUCAGUCAUUAAUUUUGCUACCGCUGAAAUUGGUGCUUUAUUGAUGGUACCAAUGUGUUUGCUGGCUCGACCUUUAAAGCUUGAUGUUAGAGCUGGAACUUUGAGAAGUUUUUCCAGGAUGAUUGGCAAUCUGGUUUUAGGGCUUAUUGCUUUUCCUCCAGCUGCUUUUUUUCUGUUGAAAGGGAUGCUUGAUGGUUUUGGCAGUGUCAAUGUUGGUGCCUUCUGGAUAUGGGUUGAGUCUCUUUGGGCAUGGAACAGUGCUACAUAUCUCUUCAUUGGCAUGGUACACUUGCCAUGCUGGGUAUUAUGCAUUCACAUUUUGCUUCAUACUUGUUGACAUGUCUUAAUUCUGAUAAGACCUGCAAAUUGAAGAUCCAGAGUUUUUUAGUUCAAUGUUUGCCGUCUUACCUAACUGUAAACUUUUAAUGAAAAUGGACUUAAUCUGGAGAGAGCACACGAGUUUUUUCUGUCAAAGCCACACAAUGUUCCGGAACUUGGAUGUUAUGGGUCUGAUUUUGGAAUUAGCUGGUUGGCUGGUAGGAUAACAAUGAGGUUUGACAUACUUGUUAUUGGUCUUUUAAGAAAUGGCGGUAUGACACAGAUGAUUGAUCUGGUCUUUAUGAUUGUUUUUGUGCUGAAUUUAUUCGAACUUCCUCUCACAGCUAGAGUCUAAGGCAUGCAAGUAAGCUCAAGUGGCCCACCAAUGCAGAGGUACACUUGGGUUUCAAAGGAGGAAGCAUCUCUACAUUUAGAUUGCCCUUAUUUAGGUGCAUACUCUUCCAUACACAAAUGAAUGCUGGCAUGCAUGUAUAUGAUUGCUCAACUUGUCGAAAUUUCCAUGAAAAAGAUCAAUCAUGAAAGAGAAAAUUAGGCAAGAUUUUAUUGUAUAAUAUUGGUCAUGUUGACAUAAUUUCUUUGGGUUAAAGGGAAUCAUCUGUUGUUUUGCCUAUUUCCGAUAGUGUACCAUUUAAAAAAGGUGUUUGCUUUGCAAUGCUGUUUGACAGUAAAUUUAAGUAGAAGAAAGAAAAUGAUAAGGACUAGAUGCCUUGCUCACCAAUAGCUCCCAACUGAAUAUGUUUGUUUUAUUUACCAACUUUUUCCAGUUAAAGUGAUAUAUUUUUCAUGGAUGAACAAAGAAGAUGCCAGAUUUCUAAGGACAAUAUUCAACAUCCCCACUUUGAAAAGGUAAGGAACCUGUGACAAAAGCAAAAGUAAUUCUCAUAAAGACUGCAAUUUGAUGUCUAUUGAUUCUAUGCUGCUAUGGGAAUUUUAGGUAUUGGUUUAUAAAUCUUGUCAUUGUGAAUCCAUUUUUGAUUGCUUUGUUUGUGCUCCUAAAGUCAUAGGAUGCUCGAUGCUUCUGCUCGAGCAUUCCAUACACAUGCAUACAUACACGAGUCCGAAUGCAUUCAAUACAUGAUUAAACUGCAAACUUUAUGUUGUUUUAGACAGGUAGUUGAUUGUUAAGCUGUAAUAAUCAAGAGAAGGAGACAAAAAAAGGUUGCAAGAAUAAGAAUUUAGACAAGAAAUAAGGGCUGGGAAGAAAGGAGGGAAACCGGCUGAGGUUCUGGCCUCAGGCAUUGCUACCAAAUGUUAAUAAACAACAAGUUACAUCCCUUUCUGAGGAAACUCCAAGAAUACAUCAAAGCACCUAGCUUUUUCCGAGAAAACAAAAAAAUUAGAAAUUAAAAAUUUUAAGAGGAAAAAGACAGUUGACCCUGCUUAACCUCAUUGUUUUACCUAAUUUAGAUUUCUUUUUUAAACUCCAACCAUAUUUUAAGAAUCUAAUCAAGGAAAUUA